ACUAACGCAUCAUCUGUGUUUCUGUCUUUCAGAAGAGUCGACUCUGUCAUCGGGAGUCCUGAAGCACUGGAAACUCACUCUGUACGGCUCAUCUCUUUCUCAUCAGCAGGUGAAAGAGAGACGGAGGGUUGUUGAAGACGCCAUGGGUGGACAGUAUCUGGACAGAAGGUUUGCUCUUCCCUGCCCUCCUGGUAUAGACGUUCCUCCUGAAAUUGUGAGCCCGUUCACCUCGAGCAGCCUGAAGUCUCUCCUGCUGCUGGGCUGUUUCGCUCUCUUCUGGUCGCUCUAUUACACUCUGGAGGUGACCCUCACUCACUGGGACUGGCGCGGGUGCAGAAUGAGCGGCAUGGGACGGCACAGAGGCUUUCAGGCCGGAUCUACGGGCCUAGAGGACAGUCAAGUGGUGGAAAUCCAGCCCGAGAUGGACCAUGAGUCUAAAGUCCCGCUCAUUGCUGCUGAUGAGAACACGUAGCACUCAGGGAAAACCGGCUCUCUCUUUUUGUCUCCAUUUUUUUCAUUUGAAAUUUCAGGUCGCGCUUCGGUUUUGUUUGAGCAUGUGAGCAAAAGCUCUAUUUUGAGUUGCCUCCUUUUGUUUUCUGUGAUUUAUUUGCUAAUGUGUUCAUGAUAAUGUUAUCUUAUAAGAGUGCAGUAUUUGCAUAUAUGAUUGAGGGAAUGUGUGAUGUGAUUGGCUGAGUGAAUGAUACAAUGACUUCUUUCUUGAUCGUGAUGCAUUGAAUGUGUCACUAUUAGGUCUUUUCUGAGUAUAAAUACCUCUUGACACUUGAACUUUGAAAGACGGGAAGAGAUCAUUUAAACUGGAGGUCUGCUCACCUGCAGACGUUUUACUGAAUCUAGCCUUUUUUUCUUUCUUUUUUUUUUUUUACACUGAAGUGUGGUAUUCUUGUGAACAAGAACUCAUAUGUGGUCUGAAUAAAAACAAAAGGGAAACUG